AAAUUAAUUAAAAUUGCAGGCCCUGGAUGUUCAUCCGUUGGAAUUGGCGAAGCAGAGGAGGUGGGGCCUUUCUUCCCUCAGAAAGAUGAACAAACCCUGAAGCUUAACCCACAUAGAUGGAACAAAGCCGCCAACUUAUUGUUUAUUGAAUCUCCCGUUGGUGUUGGGUUUUCUUAUACCAACACAAGCAUUGAUCUUUAUCAACUUGGUGAUGAAAUUACAGCCAACGACUCCUACACAUUUCUUGUCAACUGGUUCAAAAGGUUCCCACAAUUCAAGUCCCAUGACUUUUACAUUGCUGGUGAAAGCUAUGCUGGUCACUAUGUUCCUCAACUAGCUGAGGUUAUUUUCGACAACAACAAGCAUGUUCCUGAGUCUAAUUACAUUAAUCUAAAAGGGUGCAUGGUAGGGAAUGCAUUAAUGGACGAUGAAACGGAUCAAACAGGAAUGGUGGAUUAUGCAUGGGAUCAUGCAGUGAUAUCCGAUAGGGUUUACAAUAACAUCAAAAUUAAAUGUAAUUUCAGCCGUCCAAACCCAACUCAGGAUUGCAAAAAAGCCCUUAAUGCCUAUUUUGAUGUCUACUACAUCAUCGACAUGUAUAAUUUGUACAUUCCCACUUGUGUUAGCAACUCUAGCAUCAGCAGUAAUCGACAACACCCCGUGAUUCAAGGCGUCGCACCUCAAAUAUUUUCUAAAUUCGAUGGAUGGCACAAAAGACUGGCAGGAUAUGACCCUUGUGCACCAAACUACACUAAAGUUUAUUUAAAUAGGCCAGAUGUUCAGAAAGCACUUCAUGCCAACGUUACCAACAUAUCUUACCCAUGGACUCAAUGCAGUGAAAUUGUCCCAGUCUGGGGGGAUUCACCAGCUUCUUUGCUUCCUACCCUUAAAAAGCUCAUAGCCGGAGGCAUUCGCAUAUGGGUUUUAAGUGGAGAUACAGACGGGAGAAUUCCAGUUACUUCAACUAGACUAACCUUGAAUAAACUAUGGUUAAAAAUAAAUAAAGAAUGGACACCUUGGUACACCCACCACAAACAGGUUGGUGGGUGGACGAUUGAAUAUGAAGGGCUUAUGUUUGUAAGCAUUAGAGGAGCUGGUCAUCAAGUUCCAUCUUUUAAACCAAGACAAGCUCUUCAAAUAGUUAGGCAUUUCUUGGCCAAUAAGAAAUUGUCAUCUACACCAUUUUCACAAGGAAGUGAAUUUGGAAAACAUUCUUCAUCCUUCUUUAAACAAACAUUACUAUGA